AUGCAUCAGUUUAAGUUGUCAAAAUGCUUCAGCUUUACGGCAUCUCGCGACUGGUUCUAUCGCUAUUCCUUUGGCAAUGCUGGCCUUCGUUCAAUUAAGACUGAUCUCGGCGAAGGCACCGUCAUGCACUGCUGGGUCCCAAAAAUAAAAAACGAUUCAAAGCCCAAUCUUCUUCUUGUCCAUGGCUUUGGUGCCAAUGCAAUGUGGCAAUAUGGUGAGCAUCUCCGCCACUUCACAUCUCGAUUCAAUGUCUAUGUACCAGACCUUAUCUUCUUUGGUGAAUCAUACACAACCAGAAGCGACAGAACCGAGUCGUUCCAGGCUCAAUCCGUGAUGAAAAUGAUGGAGGCGCACGGUGUGCCAAGAAUGAGUCUGGUAGGUAUAAGCUACGGUGGGUUUGUAGGGUAUAGUAUGGCAGCCCAAUUUCCAGAGAAAAUGGAGAAAUUGGUCUUAUGCUGCGCUGGUGUUUGCUUGGAGGAGAAGGAUUUAGAGGAGGGUUUUUUUAAUGUUAAAGAUUUGGAUGAGGCUUUGAGCAUUUUGUUGCCACAGACGCCAGAGAAAUUGAGGGACUUGAUGAGGUUUUCCUUCGUGAAGCCUGGAGCCAGGUGGGUGCCAAGUUAUUUUCUCACAGAUUUCAUUGAUGUAAUGUGUACAAAUUAUCUUGAAGAGAAAAGAGAGUUGAUUGGGGCAAUACUAAAAGACAGAAAGCUCUCCCACCUUCCUCUUAUCUCACAGCGCACGUUAAUAAUCUGGGGAGAAGAAGAUAAGAUAUUCCCUUUGGAACUAGGCUACAGAUUAAAAAGGCAUGUGGGAGAAAGUGCUGAGAUUGUAGUGAUUAAGAAUGCAGGGCAUGCUGUUAACAUGGAAAAGCCCAAGGACUUCAUCAAGCACUUAAAAUUAUUCCUUUUUGAUUCAGUUUCAUCUGAUCCUCCUUCCCAAACUCAGAGUGGUCUAGUAUUACAUUCUUAUUGGUCUUAA